AGAGAAGGACAGAUGGGGCAUCAGGGGGGCAUCAGGGGGGCAGAUUAAUGCACAAACAUUACCACACUAGCUUGCUGAGGUUGCUGAGUGCAAAUGUGCAGAUUAAGACAUGAACAGAAAGCAAAGUCCAAGCAGGUCACGUGACUGCAGCAGCCCCCUGUAUGCGUGUGCACGCGCAAUGUUACUGUCUCGAUAGAAAGAAAAGAAAGAAAAGAAAAGAAAAGAAAAGAAAGAGAGCCCGCAGUGCAGUGUUAGCGUUAGGACUACACCACACUCAGUAAUGAAGCCGGCCGUGUUUCUCCUGCUCAGCCUCGGAGGAGCCCUAAGCCUCAAAAUAUGCUCCUUCAACAUCAGAUCCUUUGGAGAAAGCAAAAUCUCUAAAACUGAAGUACGGAAUGUGAUACUGGAGAGUAUCAUCCGCUGUGACGUCAUGCUCGUCAUGGAAAUCAAAGAUGCUAAGGGACAGGCGUUUCCUCGGCUGAUGACUCAUCUCAACAGGAAGUACAGUGGCCAGAAGCCUGAAUACGGCUACGUCAUCAGUCAGAGGCUGGGGCGAAAAUCAUACAAGGAGCAGUAUGCCUUUGUCUACAGGCAGGAGUUGGUGUCUGUGAAGUCGGUUUAUCAGUAUCCUGACAUGCAGUCUGAAGACAUUGAUGCCUUCGCCAGAGAACCUUUUGUUGUGUGGUUUUCAUCACCGACUACAGAAAUCAAGGAUUUUGUCAUCAUACCUAUUCAUACACCUCCAGAAGCAGCAGUUAAAGAAAUUGACGAGCUGUAUGAUGUUUACCAAAAUGUCUCUCAACACUGGCAAUCGCAGAAUUUCAUCAUCAUGGGGGACUUCAACGCUGCCUGUGGCUACGUCCCCAAGAGGGAAUGGCGUAACAUUCGCCUGCGCUCAAACAGCAGCUUCGUGUGGCUAACAGACGAUAAACUGGACACUUCAGUGAAAGAGUCCACGAAAUGUGCUUACGACAGGGUGGUUCUUCAUGGAAAGUCGAUCAUCGAGGCUGUCAACACGGAGUCAGUAGAAGUGUAUGACUUCAAACAGGCGUUUGGACUCACUGAACAACAGGCCUUGGCUGUGAGCGACCAUUUUCCUCUAUGUAUUACUAUAAAUGCAGCUCAGACAAAAUGCUGACGAGAUUCAUUUCUGGACCAUGCAUUCCUUUUUUUUUCCCAAAAAAAAGAAAAGAAAAAAAACCUCUCUUGGCCUGCUCUAUACAGUAACUCAAGACUAUUCAGGUGUCACGUGAACAUUUAGGUCACAUGUUGACCUUGUUUAUGUUCAUGAUUAUUAAAGUGAAACAAUACUAA